UGCAGUGCUGUGCUUCAAGUUGUCGUCCGCAACACAGCAGCUGCUCUCUAGCAGACCACCACCACCCAUGUCGUCUGCUUCUGCCGCCGGCGCUUCCGCCGACGCACCGGUGCAAGUACUCGAGGACUUCGCCGGCUUGGUCCAGCUCCUCAGCGACGGGACGGUCACCCGACGGUCGGACGCCAACGGCCUCCCGGUCCCUUCCUCCCCGCCGACCCUGUCCGCGGAGUGGAAGGACGUCGUGUACAGCCCGAACCACGGCCUCAAGCUCCGCAUUUACAGGCCAGUUGCUGCUUCCUCUGCCGCCGCGGAGCUGAACGUCGAGGGAGACGAUGCUCCCGCGAAGCUCCCGGUGCUCGUGUACUUCCACGGCGGCGGGUUCUGCGUCCGCAGCUUCGACCAUCCCAACUUCCACGCGUGCUGCCUCCGCCUGGCGGGCGAGCUCCCGGCCCUCGUCAUCUCCGCUGGGUACCGCCUCGCGCCCGAGAACCGCCUCCCGGCCGCGCACGACGACGCGCGGACCCUCGUGUCGUGGCUCCGCGCCCAGGCCGCCGCGGCGCCCGACACCUGGCUCGGCGAGCAAGCGGACUUCGGCAGGGUGUUCUUCGCCGGCGACUCGGCCGGCGGGAACAUCGCCCACCACGUCGCCGUCGCGCUCGGGUCCGGCCUGCUCGGCGUCGCCCCCGCGCGCGUCUCGGGGUACGUGCUGCUCUGGCCGUUCUUCGCCGGCGUCGAGAGGACCCGCUCCGAGGCGGAGUCCCCGCCUGGCCCGUUCGUGACGCUGCCGGUGUACGACCAGUUCUGCCGCCUGUCGCUGCCGGCAGGGGCCACGAGGGACCACCCGGCGCUGAACCCGUUCGGGCCGGAGAGCCCCGCGCUCGACGCCGUGGCGCUCCCGCCGGUGCUCGUGGUGGUCGCGGAGCACGACCUGCUGCGCGACCGCGCCGCGGGCUACGUCGCGAGGCUGGAGGCCAUGGGCAAGCCGGUGGAGCUCGUCGAGUUCCAGGGGCAGCACCACGGAUUCUUGCCCGUGGACCCGUGGGGCGACGCAGGGGGCGAGCUGAUCCGUGUCGUCAGAAGGUUUGUCUACGGCGGCGCAUCGCGCAAUUAGGACGUGAAGGAUUGUCUCGUGGAGUCAUGGUUGUGAACGCUGCGAUCAAAUCAGCGAACUGAGACAAUUCCUUUUAUCAUGUGUUAUCUGCAGAGCUUUGUUACAAAAUUAGAAAAGUGUUACGGGGGAAAAGAUUGAUAUGUAAA